AUGGACACUCCCGAAACUGCCGAGUUCCUGUGCGACCUGGAAGGCACAGGCGUCACUCUCGACCCACCUCCCGAGCCGCCUCUCCACCUGCCCCGCCAAACCUGGGUGAUCGAGAAGAAGCUCUCAGAGCGAGCUCAGUGGAUGACGCAGAAGGACGUUGACGAGGGCGUUGGAAUUUCGUAUGCAGCUGCUAAGUUUCUCUGCCACCCCAAGGAAAAUCCCACCAAGAAGGCGUUUAUGCGGAUCUACCUCCAAAUUCCUGUCAGUGGCACUCAAUAUCUGAGCGCGGAGAUUCGACGAAAGCGGGCUGUUAAGCCACGGCCACACAUUGAGUUGACUGCCUUGAAAACGCUUAAGGAAAAGGGAUGCGAUGUUGUCCCUGACCUCCUUGCUUACCAAGACGGAAAGCAAGGCGAAGAUGGUAUCGUUCCGGGAGGUUAUAUCACUUAUGUGGUCUGGGAUAAAGUCCCUGGAGAGUCUCUCAGCCCAGACGAAUUCUGGCGGCUGGAUUUUGAGGCACGCCAAGCAAUCCGCGAUAAGUUUCGUGAAGUCUUUCCAAAGCUGACGAAGCAUGGUUUCCUACCGUGUAUGGGAUCCUUGUCGAAGAUCAUCUUUGACAAGGCCACCGGGAAUAUGCAUUUAUCGGGAUUUUCACGCGCAGCUCAUUCGGAGGCAAUCGAAGAGUGGGAUGACAAGUACUACAAGCUGUUUCACCUGGCUGAGCCACCGAAGACGGUGGACCCGACCAAGGAUACUAGAUUGUGGACUUGGCCAAAAGCGUCCACUGGUGACACUUAA